AUGUCAGACACACCAAUAAUUUGCAGAAUCUGUUUAAAUACAGAUGUAAAAGUAUACCAUUACGAUAAAUUCAAAUUAAAAUCGUAUUACGAAGAAUUUUUAAGAUUAAACUCAUAUGAUACAGAUAGAUUGCCACAAUACUUUUGCUAUGAAUGUGCAUCAUUGUUGCACAAGUUUCACAAAUUCAAAGAGAAAUGCUUAACUGGAAGAAGAAUUCUUCAAGAAAUGUUGUGGAGAGAUUCUAUAUCAUAUGACUCUGUUUUAAAAAUAAAUAGACAACUUUUACAACUUUCUUCUCCACUGCAAAUAUCUAGUGAUACAAACAUUUUAACAUAUACUUUCAGUGAAUUUGAAAAUAUUGAGGAUAACAAAGACAAUAUAGAGAAAGUAAUCGUAGAUAAAAUAGAGGAUAACACAGAUAAUGAAUUGGAUUUCAACUAUGAUUUUACUACAGACUAUGAAAAAGAUUUCACAGACGUCAAAAGCGAAGAUGAAAAAGGAAAAAAGGAGGAAAUUAAGAGGCUUAGGAUUUAUAAUAAUGUCAAUUGGAAGUUAGUAUCAAUGUCUGAAGAUGAAGCCAUUAAGGCAUUUCAUGCUCGGGGAAGUGAUAAAAAAUAUCUAGCAGCACCAUUCAAGUGCAAAGAUUGCUUUAAGGGUUUCUCUAAAGAGGAAAUGAUGAAGCGGCACCGACAACUGCGACAUAAUACGUCUAAAGGCAAGUUGGAAUGUCGUUUCUGUCGUAUGAACUUCAAAUUUGGCUGUCACGUGCGACGGCAUAUGCGUGACCACCUUAAUACGUAUGAGUGCUUGAGAUGUCAUCUCGUGUUUAUGUCCGAAUCGUCAGCGUUACAUCACGAAGGAUCUCAUACUGGGAAUAUCAAGACCUGCACUCUCUGCGGGGAAGAAUUCAAGCACCCAUCGACGUAUUACUCCCACUUGCGCACGCACAGAAGUCAACACAUCUGUACGAUAUGUGGCUCUUCGUUUGUCAGCGAAAUUGGUCUUCAACAACACAAGCGCGUCAAGCAUUGGGCGGGGCAUACUGAAUCUCCAGAAGAUGAUGAGUCCGCGAACACCUUCUGCGUGAAAUGCAAUAAACACUUUGAAACGCGGAUGGCUUUCGAAGAACACCUUUUCCACUCAGCCAUGCAUACGGAUAGUCAGCAAAACGACGCGGAGAACAAAAUGGAGGUUGGCUCAACAAGAAAAAUACUCGGAAAAAAAAUGCAGGCCAAGAUAACGAGUCAAUUAAAAAAUCGAAAACCGGAUGAUAUAAAAUUUAAACCUAUGAAGAGAAGAUGGCGUCGGAUGAGGAAACAGUUCAGAAAACCUACAACUUGUCAUCAGUGUGGAAAAUAUUUCGAUUCUCAAAUGGCCUGUAUGAAGCAUCAUCUAGAAGAACACCCGCGUACAUCGUUCUAUGCGCCGAACGAACGACACAUAUGUGAGAUCUGUGGCGCGUCUUUAGCGCCGGGUAGUGUACCGACACAUCAAAAUAUGCACACAAAGGAGAAGGUACACUCGUGUGAGACUUGCGGACGGCAAUUCGUCUCCAAUGUGGGGUUGAAGCGACAUAAAUUGACACACACAGGCGAAAAACCAUACCAGUGCACAUUAUGCGAUAAAAGAUUCACUCAAAGCAACAGUAUGAAAUUGCAUUACAAAACAUUUCAUCUGAAACAGCCUUAUCCUAAACGAAAUCGAAAGAAGAAAGAAAAGGAUGUUAUCAUGGAAACAGCAAGCGAAGAGUCGGAUGCCACUAAAGAAGUUAAUCAGCCGGGAGUCGAACCUGUAACUGAAGCUUUAUAUGGCUUUAUACCCUAA